AUGACUUUCAUGUGCUGGACCUGUGAAGCUACCUUCGAUACUAGGGAGCAGAUGUUCGCGCAUUGCAUCAAUCGUCGUCAUCAACGAGCUUGGGUCUGUGUCGUUUGCGAGGAACUCAAAGCUUUCGGGUCACAACAGGCAAGAGAAAUGCAUACUGCAGCCAAACACACGUUCUGCUGUCGUGAUUGCAACGAGGCGUUCGACAAUCAAGACGACUUGGCAUCACAUAAUAAGUCGCAACAUCAGCUAUCUUGCCAAUUCUGCGAGAGAGUUUUCCGGACUUCCACUGCGCGAACCGCCCAUGUUGAUGCUGUACAUCCAUACCACUGCUACGAAUGUAGAGAAUGCUUCACAGAUUGGGGGCACUUUAACGCACAUGAGCUUGAAUACCACAACUUGAAGUGUUUGCCAUGCGACAAAGUGUUCAGAACGCUUCAAGCCCUUGAGCAGCAUGCGCUCUCUCCAGCUCAUCCAUUCCAGUGCCAAAAAUGUCGCAGGGGGUACCUGUUCGAAGCCACUCUGAAGCGACACAUUGCCGAUCACCACACAUGGGCCUGCGACCUGUGCCAAGAGAUGUGCGAAGGACCAAAACAUUUAGAGAUGCACAAGAAAUUAGAACACAGUAACUUCAAGUGCUCCGAGUGUGAAGCUUGCCACAGUCCUCGCCAAGGCACCAUAGAUGUACCAUUCUCGCCAUUCAUUGAGAAUGACAUCAGUUCCAACAAUUUACAAUAUCUCCAGAGUAUUACAUGCCACUUUUCUUGCUGGAGGCUAUCUUUCGAAGAGCUUCGCUUGGCAGAUUAUAAUCAAGGCUUUAGAUAUAAGAAAGACGGAAUGCCAAUCACUUGCACCAAUAAUCACCGAAUUCAAUGCCCCAAGUGUCCCAAAUGCUUUGAGAACGUUUUGCAACUCUUCCAGCACGCUGCGGAUCACAUAAUUCUCAUAGAAAAAUAUGAACCUGGCUCUCAGAUUAAUUGUGACAAUGAAGAUUCUACUUGUAAGCUCCAGCUGAAGUGUCACAAUUCCGGCUGUCAUCACCAACCUAGCAUCCUUAAUGCGACUCGCCACCACUAUCAUACUUUUAAUGUGGUUAAGUGUGGUGAGUGUGAUGGAUUCUUUAAUCAAGGAGAGGACCCGCAACUUCAAGCACAUACAGCUAAGAUGCAUACCCGAAGACCAUUGUUCGGCUGUGUUCAAUGUACUCAAACCUUUCCAACUUCCGAUGCAGCUGCCGCACAUUACGCAACCGAGCAUGCAUUCAUCUGCGAAGCUUGUCCUGGAACAUUCUUCAUCAAUUCUGCUACCCGGGAAAGACAUUUCAUUACAUGCGGUAAUCUUUCCGAGACAUCCGAUUCUGGUGAAAGUUUCCAAACUUCGCGAACAGAGUUCUCGCCACUCAUGCAACGAAAAACAUUACCAUCAAACGUCAAAGUCCCUCACUCUUCAGCCACCCCAUUGAUUCAGUUUCAUGAGGAACCUUUAUUUCCAGCUCAACCACUCAUUCAAAUCUACGAAAGGUCUGCAAUCGAGAGAAUCAAUGCUGCACAAGAACUCGCACAAAAAAUCCUCGCAGAAGCCAACGCUUGCCCGCAAGCAAUGUACACAUGCAAGAGAUGCUCGCCUCUUGUGGAAAUCUAA